GGUUCAAAACACACACGCCCAGGCUCGUUCCGAGCAACCAGUCAUUUGCCAAGCCCUCCACCCCCAAAUAUUCAUACAUUGCUCCCGAAGCAGAAGAGCGUUGAAAGCACCAGCAUUUUAUUCUUGUGAAAGCAUAUCUGAAGCUGCUUCUAGCCAGGAAAACAUGUCGAAUCCCAGAAAGGCACCAGAGAAGUCCAAUUUUGCACAGAGAUGCAACCUCUUGAGCCGGUACUUUAAGGAGAAAGGAAGUUUUGGAGAUCUUGGCCUCGGGAUGAGCAGGCAACUUAAAUCCAAAGAAACUCCUCCCGAAACAUCUCUGCCGGCGGCAACCACUCUGGAUUUAUUGAAAAACAUGGAGAAUUCAACUGAUCAGGCUUUGAGACAAAACGGCGCCGUGGCUCCCUCAAAUGCGCAACCCAAGGUUUUCCUUCCACAGCUUGGUUGUUUCGGUGCCCAAAACUCGAUCGACAUCGCUGCCAAUAGGACUGAUCUCAGUACGAAACCGGAAAUCAAGGAGCCUGAAGCGUUGUUGACAAAACAAAAGGAGCCUGAAGCAACAGCUCAGAUGACAAAACAAAAGGAGCCUGAAGCAACAGCUCAGAUGACAAUAUUUUAUGCCGGCGAAGUACAUGUACUGAACGAUUUCCCGGCGGACAAGGCAAGGGAGAUCGUCGCCUUGGCUAACAAGGGAUGCUCUAGUAUUUCUAGAGGCUCUACGUUUAUUUCUGGCGUGAAAAAUCUUAGAUCAUCAGGAUGUUCUAUGGCUCCCGAAUCAAGUUCUGUAGCCAUGCACAAAAAGAAUUCCACCCAAGAACGCCGUCUGCAAGCUGCUGGUUCUGAUCUUCCGAUUGCAAGGAGGGCUUCGCUUCACCGGUUCCUUGACAAGAGGAAAGAUAGGGCUGCGGCAAAAGCACCGUAUCAAGUGAAACCACCUUCCGAAGCCUCUCCAGAUUCCGAGGAAAGGAAUCCAUGGUUUGGGCAUGAAGAUCAAUCUUCAAAACAUCUUGACCUUAACUUAUAGUGACUGCCACCAGAUCACCAUUUUCUAUGACAUAGGUUACCUGAUCCCUCCGGCUCCGGCGGCUUAAAAUCCUAACUAUACAUGUAAUACUUGCGAGGCAUUCUGCAUUUUUUAUCUUUUUUUUUCGGGGUUCUCUUAUUUAGAAAACUCUGUACAUGUUAUUAAUCGAUUAGAUCCAAUUUCUAAAAACAUGAAAUCUGGAAAAAUUCCAAUUCCAUGUCGUUUUCGUACAUAUUUCGUGUGGUUAAAAAUUCAUUCACGUGAAGGCUCCACCAGGUAAAAGCUGUACCGAAAAAAUGUAUGGGCUUGUUGGACUCCUGGAGCCAUUUUGUGUAAUGUCUCGUUCACAUAGUGAAAUUAAAUAGAUGCUUUUAGUUAAAAA